GACGCCGGCCGGGGCUGCUGCUGCCGCUGCCGCUGCGCCCUGGCCCCGCCACCGCCGCCGCCGCGCAGCUGCAGCCCCAGCCCCGCUCCCAGCCCCGCUCCCUCCCUGCGAGGCACCGAGACCCCAGCCCGAGCCGGCGGCAGGCUUCAUCAGCAGUUUCUUGAUGUUCGGAAAGUUCUGAGACCCACCCUGUCGGACUACUUGUAACCAGCACCUGAGACUACAAAAUCCUCUCUUGGAAGGAAGCGUCCAUCACAAUAUUGUAAAAACUCUGCAGGCCUUGCAAGGCAGGAGAGUGAUUCGUGCUUCCGUUGACACUGGUGUGUGAUCUCUGCUUCUUAUGCACUCCAGCACCCCUAUCAGUUCCUUGUUCUCCUUCACCAGCCCCGCAGUGAAAAGGCUGCUGGGCUGGAAACAAGGAGAUGAAGAGGAAAAGUGGGCAGAAAAAGCUGUUGAUUCCUUGGUGAAGAAAUUAAAGAAGAAAAAGGGUGCCAUGGAAGAACUGGAAAGGGCUCUAAGCUGCCCGGGUCAGCCCAGUAAAUGUGUCACGAUCCCACGUUCCUUGGAUGGGCGGCUGCAGGUGUCUCACCGCAAGGGGCUGCCCCAUGUCAUAUACUGCAGAGUGUGGCGCUGGCCUGAUUUACAGUCUCACCAUGAAUUGAAACCACUGGAAUGUUGCGAGUUCCCAUUUGGCUCCAAACAGAAAGAAGUGUGCAUUAACCCCUACCAUUACCGGCGGGUGGAAACCCCAGUCCUACCUCCUGUACUCGUUCCAAGACACAGCGAGUUUAACCCUCACCUCAGCCUCCUUGCCAAGUUUCGUAAUACUUCUCUGCACAGCGAGCCUCUGAUGCCACACAAUGCCACCUACCCCGAUUCUUUCCAGCAUCCUCCGUGCACCCCUUUUCCAUCAUCACCCAGCCACAUGUUCUCCCAGUCACCCAACAGCAUCAGCUACCCCAACUCACCAGGAAGCUCUUCUGGACCAGGAAGUCCCUAUCAGCUCACAGUGGAAACUCCGCCCCCACCUUACCAUGCAAGAGAAACUCCAGGAAACUUAAAUGGGCGGUCAAUGGAUGCAAUAUCUGAAAGCCAACUAGUGCUGUCUUUGCCCAAUGGAGGUAAAUCUGCCGAUGGAGAAACUGAAAAUUUUCGGCCUGUUUGCUAUGAGGAACCCCAACACUGGUGCUCAGUUGCAUACUAUGAACUCAACAACAGGGUAGGGGAGACUUUCCAGGCUUCCUCUCGAAGUAUCCUUAUAGAUGGAUUUACAGAUCCCUCAAAUAACAAAAACAGGUUCUGCCUGGGACUGCUCUCAAACGUAAACCGCAAUUCUACUAUAGAAAACACCAGGAGACACAUAGGAAAAGGUGUUCAUCUUUACUAUGUCGGCGGGGAAGUUUAUGCUGAAUGUGUCAGUGACAGCAGUAUUUUUGUGCAGAGCCGCAAUUGUAACUAUCAGCAUGGCUUCCACCCAGCCACUGUCUGCAAGAUCCCCAGCGGCUGCAGCCUUAAGAUCUUCAACAACCAACUCUUCGCCCAGCUGCUUGCCCAAUCAGUCAACCAUGGCUUUGAAGUGGUAUAUGAGCUGACCAAGAUGUGUACGAUUCGAAUGAGCUUUGUUAAAGGCUGGGGAGCAGAGUAUCACCGCCAAGAUGUUACAAGCACGCCCUGCUGGAUUGAGAUCCACCUGCAUGGACCAUUGCAAUGGCUGGAUAAGGUGCUGACACAGAUGGGCUCACCUCAUAACCCCAUCUCCUCAGUCUCUUAGGAAUCAUCUCUAGAAGUCCCUUAGGAUGGAUGCUAUUGCAGGCAGUGGCUUAUAGGAUUUCCGGUGAACAGAAGCUUCUAUAUGUAGAUGUAUGUAGAUGUAAAUAUUCCUAUACAUAGUCUACUCUCCUAUUUUUUUUUUCAUGAUAUGUUUUGUGGUUUCUAGUUACUCUGAUGCCAGUACAAUAAGUUUAGAAAUUCAGGUAUAGCAUAUCUGUUCUCUAGUACAAAAUAAGCCAAAUUCCUGCAAAAGUGUCGAGCAGUUUCUGUGAGCAUCUUCAUUCCCCAGCCACGCCAGUAAACGGUGCGAAUUCUCAUCACUUCCACGUGGAUUCAGAAACCUGGCUGUAGCUGUUCCUAGUAGGUGAAAUUCACCCCUCUGCAGGCAACCAAAGUCAGAUCUCGGCACCAUUUAUAUCCAUUGUACAUCCUAAUUUCAGGUCUAAAAGAGGACCUUAAGUGGUGCACAGGACUUAUGCGUAGAGAUGACUUUUUUCCAGUGAAUUGAAGGACUAAACAGCAAUUCCAGUCUGUCUCCCUAUGGCAAAGCGCGAUGGGACAGCAGAUCCUCUGAGGAGCUGAGACCCCUGUCUCCCCUAGGAUUUGGCAGGAGGAGAGAGCCCUCGGGAUGCCUUCAGCUCUGGAGCCUUAUCAGAGCAUUCUGGACACACCUGAGUAGUCUGAUACUCUUAACACAGUAGUGUAUGGUACUGCUGCACUGAAAAGCAACAAGCUCCU